UUUUUUUUUGUCAGCUCCCUGCAGCUCAGAAUUGAGGAAAAUCCACUCCAGCAAACACCAUGCUGAUCAAACCUUCAGCUCUUCUGGGCUUUUGGUGCUUUCUCCUCCUGCCUCGUUCCUCCUGUUCCUGUCCUCCUCGCUGCCUGUGCUUCAGGACUACAGUAAGAUGCAUGCAUCUGAUGUUGGAAACCAUCCCUGACAUCCCACCUCAGACCAGCAUACUAGAUUUACGUUUCAACCACAUCAGGGAGAUACAACCUGGGGCCUUCAGGAGGCUGAAGAACCUCAACACGCUGCUGCUGAACAAUAAUCAGAUAAAGCAUAUCGUGAGAAGAUCCUUUGAAGAUCUGGAGAACCUGAAGUACCUCUACCUUUAUAAAAACGAAAUUCAGAGCAUCCAGCAACGUGCCUUCCGUGGGCUGCACUCCCUGGAGCAGCUCUACCUGCAUUUCAACAACCUGGAAACCCUGGAGCCAGAGACGUUCAGUGACCUGCCCAAACUUGAAAGGCUAUUCUUGCACAACAACAAAAUUUCCAGGAUUCAUCCAGGGACAUUCUCUCAACUGGAAUCCCUCAAACGACUGCGGCUGGAUUCCAAUGCACUGCUCUGUGACUGUGACCUGCUGUGGCUGGCUGAGCUGCUGCAGAAAUACGCCGAGCUGGGCAGCAUCCAGACUGCAGCCACCUGCGAGGCCCCGCGGGAGCUGCACGGUCGCUCCAUCGUCACCCUGACUGCCCAGGAGUUCAACUGUGAGAGGCCUCGCAUCACCUCAGAGCCCCACGACGUCGAUGUCCUCUUGGGAAACACGGUUUAUUUCACAUGCAGGGCAGAAGGCAACCCAAAGCCUGCGAUUAUUUGGCUCCACAACAAUAAUGAGAUUGACAUGAAAGAUGACAAUCGCUUGAACCUGCUGCAAGAUGGCACCCUGAUGAUCCAGAAUACCAAGGAGUCAGACAAAGGUGUCUACCAGUGCAUGGCCAAGAACAUCGCUGGGGAGGUCAAGACCCAAGAAGUCGUCCUGCGCUAUUUUGGCACCCCAUCCAAGCCCACUUUUGUGAUCCAGCCGCAGAACACUGAAGUGCUGGUUGGGGAAAGCGUCACCUUGGAGUGUGGGGUCUCUGGGCAUCCCCACCCUCGCGUCACCUGGACACUUGGCACAGGCUCUCCUUUACCACAGGAUCCCCGCUUCACCAUCACCAGCUCUGGAGGACUCUUCAUCCAGAACGUCACCUUCUCGGACCAGGGACAGUACAACUGCAAUGCCAGCAAUACUGAGGGAUCCAUCCGGGCGACGGCGAGGAUCAUAGUGCAAGAUUCUCCCAGGUUCCUCCUUGUCCCCACUGAUCAGACAGUAACCGAGGGACAAAGUGUGGAUUUUCCAUGCUCUGCUGAAGGUCACCCCCCACCUGUGAUUGCCUGGACGAGAGCAGGGGGACCGCUGCCGAGCGACCGGAGGCACAGCAUCCUCUCCACGGGGACCCUGCGAGUGAUGAGGGUGGCCCUGCAUGACCAAGGGCAGUACGAGUGCCACGCCAUCAGUGCCAUUGGUGUGAGGACCCUGCCUGUGCAGCUGGCCGUGACCCCGCGGGUGAUUCCUGUGUUCCUUCACCCCCCACAAGACCUGGUGGCAGAGACAGGCCAGGACGUGGCCAUCACCUGCGCUGCCCAGGGGGACCCACGGCCCACCAUCACCUGGGUGAAGGAGGGGAUUCAGAUCACGGAGAGCGGCAAGUUCCACGUGAGCCAGGACGGGACCCUCUCCAUCCAGGAUCUUGGAGUGGCUGACCAGGGCAGAUAUGAGUGCAUAGCACGGAACCCCUUUGGCUUCACCUCCAGCGCCAUGCAGCUCACCAUCACCGCCACGGACGUCGGUCGCAGUGGUGACACAUUUGUAGCCACAUCCCUGCAGGAAGCCAUCAGCAGUGUGGACCAUGCCAUCAAUUCAACACGCACUGAGCUGUUCAGCAGACGCCCCAAGACACCCAACGACCUGCUGGCCCUCUUCCGCUACCCACGGGAUCCUUACACCAUUGAAACAGCCAGGGCAGGUGAGAUCUUUGAAAGGACUUUGCAGCUGAUUCAGGAGCACGUGCAGCAAGGUUUGAUUGUGGAUAUGAAUGUCACAGGCUAUCGUUACAACGAUUUGGUGUCUCCUCACUACCUGAACAUGAUUGCCAACCUGUCUGGCUGUUCUGCUCACCGCCGCACACCCAACUGCUCCGAUAUCUGCUUCCACAAGAAAUACAGGACCCACGAUGGUUCCUGCAACAACCUGCAGCACCCGAUGUGGGGUGCUUCUCUCACCGCCUUCCAGAGGCUCCUCAAACCUGCUUACCAGAACGGAUUUAACCUCCCCCGGGGGUUUUCCUUGGCAGAAGAUGCCAGGGACCUGCCCCUUCCCUUACCCAGGCUUGUCUCCACUGCCAUGGUCGGGACUGAGACCAUUACCCCAGACGAGCAGUUCACACACAUGCUCAUGCAGUGGGGCCAGUUUCUGGACCAUGACAUGGACCAGACGGUGGCAGCCAUCAGCAUGUCCCGCUUCUCAGAUGGAGCACCCUGCAGCCAGGUGUGCAGCAAUGACCCACCCUGCUUCUCUGUCCUGAUCCCCGCCAAUGAUCCACGUGUCAGGAAUGGGCGCUGCAUGUUCUUUGUGCGCUCCAGCCCCGUGUGUGGCAGUGGGAUGACCUCCCUGCUGAUGAACUCUGUCUAUGCCAGGGAGCAGAUCAAUCACUUGACCUCUUACAUCGAUGCCUCCAAUGUGUAUGGCAGCACCGAGCAGGAAUCACGUGAGCUGCGGGAUUUGAGCAACCAGAAUGGAUUACUGAAGCGAGGGAGGAUGGUGCCCAGCUCGGGGAAGCACCUCCUGCCCUUCGCUGUGGGGCCUCCCACUGAAUGUAUGAGGGAUGAGAAUGAGAGUCCUGUGCCAUGCUUCCUGGCUGGAGACCACCGUGCCAACGAGCAGCUAGGGCUCACGGCCAUGCACACGCUGUGGUUCAGGGAGCACAACCGCAUUGCUGCUGAACUGUCUGUCCUCAAUCCCCACUGGGAUGGAGACCUCCUGUACCACGAGGCGCGGAAGAUCGUGGGUGCCCAGAUGCAGCACAUCACCUAUGCCCAAUGGCUCCCCAAGAUCCUUGGGGAAGCAGGAAUGAAGAUGCUGGGUGAGUACAAAGGCUAUGACCCCAACGUCAACGCGGGGAUUCUCAACGCUUUCGCCACUGCUGCCUUCCGCUUUGGGCACACUUUGAUCAACCCCAUCCUGUACCGACUGAAUGAAACCUUCCAGCCCAUCCGCCAGGGCCACGUCCCCCUGCACAAGGCCUUCUUCUCCCCUUUCAGGAUCACGCAGGAGGGUGGGAUUGAUCCACUCCUCCGUGGGCUCUUUGGGGUUCCUGGGAAAAUGAGGGUCCCUUCAGAACUCCUCAACAUGGAGCUGACAGAGAAGCUCUUCUCCAUGGCACACUCUGUCUCCCUGGACUUGGCUGCUAUCAAUAUCCAGAGAGGACGAGACCAUGGCAUCCCACCUUACAAUGACUUCAGGGUCUUCUGCAACCUCUCAUCUGCACAGGAGUUUGAGGACCUCAGAAAUGAGAUAAAGAACUUGGAGAUCAGGGAAAAACUCAGGAGCUUAUAUGGAACUACCAAAAAUAUUGACCUGUUUCCAGCCCUGAUGGUGGAGGAUCUUGUCCCUGGUACCAGAGUUGGACCAACGCUGAUGUGCCUGUUAACAACACAGUUCAGGAAGCUGAGGGAUGGAGAUAGGUUUUGGUAUGAGAACCCAGGAGUCUUCACGCCGGCGCAGCUGACUCAGCUCAGACAGUCGUCCCUGGCUCGUGUCAUCUGUGACAACAGCGACCACAUCCAGCAGCUCCAGAGGGACGUCUUCCGUGUGGCAUCGUACCCACAGGGCAUGGUGGGCUGCGAGGAGAUCCCUGCUGUGGACCUCCGCUUUUGGCAGGACUGCUGUGAGGACUGCCAAACACGUGGGCAAUUCAGGGCUCUUUCUCAGCGGUUCCGAAGCAAGAGAUCUCCUGGAUUCAGCUACCCUGAAGAAAACCCUGCCAAGCACAAGCCUGCCUCCCCCAGCAAUGAGGCGCCUUCUCCAAGCUCUUCUUCCAGAGAGAAUCUUGAAUCCCUUGUGGCUGAACUGGAGAAGGCAGUCACUUCCCUACGGAAACAGGUGCAUGUACUAGGGAGCCAGCUGAGGUGGCACCACAGGAACACCAGCAUGUAUGAACAGGGGAAGAAGACUGGGGACAAAUGGAGAAAAAGUUGACCGUGUUGCCUCCUCAUAUAUGAGGUAUCUGGUGAUCUGUGCUCUUGCUCUCUGUCAGCCAGUCCAACCCAUCCUUCAAGGGAUCCAAGCAACCCAUGAGCCCCCACGAUGCUCUGCCACCUCCUGUGCCACCUCUUGUCCCAGAACAGCUGUCCUUCUGCCUGUAUUGAGCCCUGCACUGCAGCCCCUCAGCCCCUGCACCGUUCCAGCCCUUGUCAGCCUCUGGGGAUGGGCUCUGCCACCACACUGUCCUGCUAGAUGGUGCCAAGAUGCCACUUUCUUCCACAGUCCUCAAGAAAUAGAGGAUAAUUGAAGCUGCCUUAGAUUCACCAUUGUGCCCUUCUCUUCCCAUCCAUCCUUGACAUCAUCUUCAACCCUGGUCUGAAAUGUCAACUGAAAGAAUUCAUUAUGAGACAAAGCCUCUCUCAGAUGCACUAUGUUCAAGCCAGGAAACAUCUGGAAAAAUCUGUAUGUGGUUUGAAAAAAGGAAAAUUGAACAAGCAUGAGAUAUUCUAAUGCUAACAGAAAGACCAAAAGGAACCUGAGGGCCCUGGAAAGCACUGUGUGGGCUGGGCUGGGUCCAUGCCAGCAGCAGCGAGCUGGAUUCAGAGCCUGGGGAAGUCUUGCAGCUGCUUGGGUGCUUCAAGUCAGGCUGUGGCAGACCACCAUGCUGAGGCCUGCUGCUGUGCUUUGCCACCUAAUUGAUAAUGGGUGGCACGUCCUCAGUGCUGUGACCCUAUGAGUGACCUCCUGUUGCUUGCCUGGUGCUCAAAAACAUUUUCCUUGACACGAACUGCAUUCUCCAGGGUUCUGCCCUUCUGAGGUUUAAUUGGAUUUAUGUUUCUCUUUCUUUUUUUUUAAAAAAAAAAAAAACUCCCAAUGGCUCUUCACUGGAAGAUGUGUUUUGAGUGUAAAUGUAACAGGACCUGGAACAGAACCUCUGAUAAUUAGAUGUAAUGGGCGCUCUCAUUAAUGAGGGGGAGCUGCUGGUUUCUGUCAAUUAGUACUGGAGAACACGAUGUGCAGUAUUUGACACACUGAUGAAUGCGAAGUGCUGCUUGUGUUUAUUGCUCCUAGGUGCUCUGCAACGAAACCAGGACUGUGCUACCAGCUCUCCUGAGCCGGUCUUCUGGUUUCCUUGCUCUUUGGAGGUGCUUUUUAGUGGUGCUAGAACUGAGGUCCCUGUGCAUCCACCACAGCCGCAUAUCUGUGGGCAGAUUGGUUCUUAAUCCAUCUGUGUAAGCCAAGCACAGGGGCUGAGAGAAGAUACUUGAUCUGUUUGAUAGCUGUGCCUUAUCUUUCUCGCUUUUCCUGUGUCCUCCCACCUGCCUUCCCCAGUGCAAGGACCCACAUCUUUUAUGAACGCGCUUUCCCUCGUCUUCUCCUCCUUUUUUUUUAGGUGUGUGAUAGUACCAAGGGGAUUCAAAGCAACAGAGAUGCUCCUGGAACUUAAUAGGAAAAUAAAAAAGAUAGGAGAAAAAGGUGGUGAUUUCUCAGCAAUUUCCUGGCGUGGGACUCCAAGCCAUGUGUGCAUGUCCUGUGCAGACAGAGGCUGCAGUGAUGAGUGUGUGUUACGCAUGUCUGGUAAGCUCAGAGGCAGCAUUUAGUCCUCGGGGAUGUUUGUCACGUUGAAGUACUCUUUCAUUUAGGUGCAAAUCAAGGUCCAAAGCCUUGCAUGUUCUCUAUCAGCUGCACUCAGUCUCUUGCUUGUACCACCAGAGAAUCUAAUCUGGCAGAGGUCAAUAAAGGUAAAUCAGUCUCCAGUCUCCUUCUGCAAACCACAAGUUUACCAAGUCCCCAUUCAAAGCAGCAAGACAUAAAUGG